UGCUGCAGGGAGGAGCGACGGGGGUGCAGUUGAGAGAUGAGCUGAGCAUCACAGCCCCGCAUUCAAGGAAACGGACUAACACAGCACUUUUUUCUUUUCCUCCCUAGCCUUCCCACAAUGUGUCUCGCUUCCGUAAAGCACAAGAGCUUUAUGAUGUGAAAAAAAAGUGCGGCGUGCGCGCAGAGAGGCAGAUGUGAGCAGGUUUUUGUCUCUUGAGGAGCGGGGGGAUCUCUGCCCUGUCAAGGAAGACCCCCUCAAUUGUUUCCUGCGCCAAGAACCGUAAAGACAUGGUCGUCACAGCGCAUCUGUGACGAGCAGCAGGCUGUGAGUGUGAGGAAGUCUCAGAGGAUGUCCCUGACCUGUGGGCCCCAGUGCUGAGGAAGCUCCACAGGGCUGACUGGUGGCCAGCAUGUCUCAGCACCAUCAAUACCAGCGAGGCCCCCAUGGCCGCACCAUGAGCACCGAGGAGAGGAGUUCCACGCCAGUGAACAAGACCUCAGUGCCGGUUCAAAAGAGCGCCUCCUCCUCUUCCUCGUCCCAGCGAGACAGCCGGCAGGAGGCAGACAGCUGGGAAAUAAUCGAGGGACUGAAAAUCGGUCAAAGCAAUGUCCAAAGGCCCGACAAACACGAAGGGUUCAUGUUGAAGAAAAGGAAAUGGCCCCUGAAAGGAUGGCACAAGCGUUUCUUUGUUCUGGACAAUGGUAUUCUGAAGUACUCCAAGACCCCUAUUGAUAUUCAAAGGGGAAAACUUCAUGGCAGCAUUGAUGUUGGCCUUUCUGUCAUGUCCAUCAAAAAGAGGGCGCGUCGCAUCGACCUGGACACCGAGGAGCACAUUUAUCAUCUGAAGGUCAAGUCUCAAGACAUCUUUGACGCCUGGGUGUCGAAGCUGCGCCACCACCGACUCUAUCGACAGAAUGAGAUAGUGCGCUCUCCCCGGGAGCCCACGAUGCGGACGUUUCCUCCUCCAGCUGCCAUGGAGACACCACAACCCUCACCAAUUGUAGUAAAUGAAACAAAGCAGGCCAAGUCCACCAUCUUGCCGUGGCAGCCGGCGGCUCCCAGCAGCAGCAGCAACAGCAGCCUUCAGGCGUCCUACAGCAACGGUCAGAGCAGGGUGGUCGCUUGGCUUCAAGAGUCGGAGGAGAUGGACAAGUGUGCAGAGGAGCUCGCACGCUGCCAGUCUAACCUGACCGAGUUAAGCCGGUUGUUGCAGAGCCUGGAGAUCCUGCAGAGGACCCAGUCAGCGCCCAACUUCACAGAUAUGCAGGCCAAUUGUGUAGAACUGUCAAAGAAAGAAAAGCGCUUGAACAGAAGAUGGAGAACAAAAAGUGUCGGCAAAGACGCGAAAUUCCAACUGCAGGUUCCUCUGUCUGCCAGCAUGUCGCCUGUCCGCCUCCACUCUUCCAACCCAAACCUGUGUGCUGAACUUGGGGACUACCAGCCUCCAGUUUCUCGCCUGUCGGACAGUGUGGAGUAUGCCAGCGACUACAUUAAACUUCAGGAGGAAUUCUGCACUAUUGCCCAGAAAGUCCAUUCUCUCCUGAAGUCGGCCUUCAACACCGUGGCCAUAGAGAAAGAGAAGAUCAAGCAGGUUCUCUCUGAGCAGGAGCAAUCCGACCAGUCAUCCCAGAUCAUCUCUAUAAGAAAGUCUCUGUCGCUGGCUCUGGCCCAAAACGCGGAGCUUCGAAGCCGCCUCAACCGCAUUCACUCUGAAUCUAUCCUGACGGAACAAGUUGUCAGCGUGAACAUCAUCGCCACGCCUGAUGAGGCCGUGGAGCAGAUGGGGAUCCCUCUGACUCAGCAGGCCUCUAAUGAAAGCCGACUCUCCAUGUCGGAGUCUGUCUCUGAGUUCUUUGAUGCGCAGGAAGUGCUUCUGUCAGCCAGCUCGUCGGAGAACGAGGGCUCAGACGAUGAGUCAUACGUCAGCGACGUCAGCGAUAACAUUUCUGAGGAUAACGCCAGCGUGACCGACAACGUCUCCCGACAAAUGGCCAAUGGGGACUUUGCUGGCAGCGCUUUCCGUAACGGGCGGCGCAUCUGCCUGCCGGCUCCCUGCCCGGACACCAGCAACAUCAACCUGUGGAACAUCCUGAGGAACAACAUUGGCAAAGACCUGUCCAAAGUGUCCAUGCCCGUGGAGCUCAACGAGCCGCUCAACACGCUGCAGCGCAUGUGUGAGGAGCUGGAGUACAGCGAGCUGCUGGACAAGGCUGCAGAGACCGAGGAUCCCUUUGAGCGCAUGGUUCUCGUCGCAGCUUUCGCCGUGUCGGGGUACUCCUCCACUUACUACAGAGCAGGAAGUAAGCCAUUCAACCCCUUGCUUGGAGAGACGUAUGAAUGUAUCCGGGAAGACAAGGGCUUCUGCUUUUUCUCUGAGCAGGUGAGCCACCACCCUCCUGUCUCUGCCUGCCACUGCGAAUCCAAGAACUUCACCUUCUGGCAAGAUGUGAGAUGGAAAAACAAAUUCUGGGGAAAGUCAAUGGAAAUUUUACCUAUCGGUUCUGUGAAUCUCACAAUUCCCAGGUUUGGAGAUAAUUAUGAAUGGAAUAAAGUCACAACCUGUGUGCACAACAUCCUCAGUGGACGGCGGUGGAUCGAACAUUACGGGGAGAUUACCAUCAGAAACACAAAGAGCAGCGCUUGUCUUUGCAAACUUACCUUUGUCAAGGGAAAUUACUGGAGCUCCAACGUAAACGAGGUCCAGGGAUUCGUGAUGGACCAAGAGGGAAAAGUGAUCCACAGGCUUUUUGGGAAAUGGCACGAAGGUCUUUACUGCGGCGUCCCUCCAUCUGCCAAAUGCGUCUGGAGACCGGGCUCCAUGCCGACAGACUACGAGCUGUACUAUGGCUUCACCAGAUUUGCUAUCGAACUGAAUGAGCUGUGCCCCGAGCUGAAAGACGCCCUGCCGCGGACAGAUGCUCGAUUCAGGCCCGAUCAAAGAUAUCUGGAGGAAGGAAACGUGGAGAUGGCCUCUUCUGAGAAGCAGCGCAUCGAAGACGCCCAGAGAACCAGGAGGAAGUGGAAUGAGGAGAACAACAUCAAACAUGAGCCGCGCUUCUUUAAAAAGGUGGUGGAUGCCAACCACAGGGAGAGGUGGGUCUCCAACAACAUGUACUGGGAGCUCCGCAAAAACCCCGGCUUCAUCAACAUGGAGCCCACCGUCAGCCUGUGGUAGCACACGGAGCUCCGCCUCCAUCGCUGCGGACCGGGAAGCUCUUACCUAUGCACCGCAGGGUGUCGGACAGGAACACUCAGCAACAAAUGUGUGCAUGGACAAGAAGGAGUGCGGAGCUGAGAACGUCGAGGGGCUGCGACAUGGUCACCCAUCCGUGGAAACAUCCUCAUCCUGCUUGUCAAAGCUGGGUCGUCACUACUACGUAGAUCUCUCCUCAGCUCUUCUGACUUUCCCAGUUUGUCCUUGCCUUAAAAAGACCCCCAUACGAGUCAAAGGAUUAGGCGCCUUUUAGUUGAAGCCAUUUCGUUUCCAGACAGCAGUUUGGCUUAGACUAGUCUAUGGAGUAGACGUUUUGAAUACCUACCAAUAUGUGCAUGCUUAGAGAGCAGCUUUCACUGGCAUAAAGCCGUAUUUACUACAUCAUCAAAUAUUGUAGAGAAAAAAAAAAAGACGUAUUUUUUUAUUAAAAAAAAAAAAGAAUAUCUUGUGUGAAAGAAUUAUUUGAAUUGGCAGAUUUUAUUUAUUUUUGUUUUUUAAUACUAAUGAAUCUGUUAGGUGGCAGAAUCUUCUCUGGGGAAUCGACUCAUGCAAGGUUAACAGGAACAGUGGCAAGAGAUCACAUCACUAACACAUUUACAGGAGUAAAACAUGUAGGUUGCGUCAGAAUAUAAAUAGAAGAGACGGUGAAUAGUUGGCAUUAUUUAUUAUUUUCCAUAAAAUCAACUCUUCUAAAUUACACAAAACCUCAAAGACUUGUUUAGGAUCAGUAUGUGCAGCAAGAUUACAUUGGAAAUGAAUUUUUCCUGUGUGCAGAUGGUGCCCUGCAAGGGUAUUUAUUUUCACAAACUCCUUCACAUUUUGUCACAACCGCAAAACCUAAAUGUGUUUUGUUGGGAUUUUAGAUGAUAGUGGAGCAUAGCUGUGAAGUGGAAGGAAAAGGAAACAAGCAUAUGCUUAUGCAAAUAAAAAUGUAAAAUGUUCUUAUGCAGUAACCCUUGCAUGUCUUUUGGGAUAUGUCUCCAACAUUUUUGUACAUCUAGACACUGAAAUAUUUCAAAUCUUGCUUCAGAUUCUCAUUUGGAUUUAGAUCUGGACUUUGACAGGGCCACUCUAACCCAUGAAUACCCCUGUGUCAAAUCAUUCGCUGCCUUUAGGAAUUUAUCUUCGCCUAUAUUGGAUUGCUAAUAAGGAUGCUUCAUAGUACAAGGGGCUGGAUAUAUUUACAUGCCUCACUUUUCAGAUAUACAUCUGUAGAAACUGUAAACAGCGUCUUUAUACUCCUACUUCACACUGUGUUGGUCUAUCACAUGCGAUCUCAUUAGAAACCCAUUGCGUUUUGUGGCUGCAAAAAUAUGUGAAAUAAAUUUGUGAAUAAUUUGGAGAGGCAGUGUAAAUGUUUCGCAGUGUCAGCGUGAGAAAAGAUGAAGCAAAAGUGCGGUAGAAAUUGGGAAAAGUCUUUUAACAUGCAAAUCACUUUAAUUUCAAUUUUUUUUCAUAUUUUCAUUAAUUUUCUUGAUAACAAAAUACCAACCCUUCUAAUAAGUUAUUAAAGCUAUCAUUUUAAAUCUGAGGCAGCGGCGACACCUAGAGGUUGCCAUGUAAAAGAACAGGAGGCUAAUUUUUCUUUUAGUUUUUUUAAAACCAGAUUCAUGUUGGAUUCUCCAGAAAACUUACUGCUACGUCUUUUGCUUCUGCAAAAAAUAAGAAAAAAAGAAAGUUAUAUAAAGUUUGUAUAUUUACUGCAAAACAGAGAAGCUUUAAGGUUUUGAAUAGCUCCCGAUUUUUCAUUUUGUUCUUCAGACUAAUAUGAUGCCCUUUUACGAUAACCCUCUAACACAUUUGAGUACUCUCACACUGUCCUACAUAUGAACUGCUUCCUAUAGUUCUGGACUGGAGGGUGAGAGAGGAAAAUAUAUAAAGCCAGAGUGAAGUUUAAAAACCAAAAAAAGUAGGUCUGCUUUGCAUCUGUGUGAUUCUCUAUUUAAAAGAAGGAAGAAAAAAAAUUCUGGAUCACAAUCUCAACGCUGAAACUCUUCAGUUUCACUUGCUGUGCCUUAAUGCAUUUCUCAAUGCGUCACACACACACACACACCUGACAGGAACACCACGCCAAGAAGAAGAUAUGCCAUUAAAGAAAGUCACACUUUCCAUCUACCCGCAGACGAUUACACACACCGAGGCUUUCCCUCUGGACAGAGUAGUUUAGAUUUAAUGUAUUUUUGUUCUGCCUGCGUCACGCUGGCGGGUUAAAGACGUUCCUCACCUCUGAAGCCGAUUUCCUUUCCUCCACCGGCUUCAGUGAUCGAGUCCCAGCAGCUCAAAACAGUACUUCUCGUAGGCCUUGUAUCAUAAAAUCAGGAGAGAUAAAAAUAAAUAAAUAAAAGAUGACCUGAAGCUUUCUACAUCCAUCGCUCCACCUGCAUGUCUAGACAACUUUCGCUUGCCAAUGAAUGUCUUUGAUGCCUUACAAAGAAAGGUUAUUAUUUUCUAACUUGGACCCAAUCCUCCUUGUGGACUGACACGGAUCACAAAGCACUAAAGUCAGCUUGGUUUUAUUCAGAUCUACUCCCUUGUGGAUACCUUCUAAAGUGCAAUUUUAACUAAGUACAUAUCUUUCCAUGGACACUGUACACUGCUGCUGCAUAGUGCUUGUUCUAAUAAAAUGGCAAACGACAAA